AUGGAGCCAGUAAAGAAGAUGAGAUUUAAAAGCUAUUUUAUCUUCCUAGUUAUGGUGUGUUCAAGGAAACUCUUUGCAGAAGAUACACCUUGUGAUUUGCCACAGAUAGAAAAUGGAAACCUUCCCCAGUACUAUUACAGUUUCAGAAGAUACUAUUUCCCUAUGGAUAAAGGAAAAAAGCUCUCCUAUUCUUGUGUGGUUGGUUACACAACUGAAAGUGGGACUCAAGAUGGAAGAAUAACUUGUACAGCAAAAGGAUGGUCUCCAGUGCCUCGAUGCUACAGAAAAUGCACCAAGCCUCUUUUGGAAAAUGGCUCUUUUUACAGCACAGAAAUGGACUUCAAAAUCCAUGAGAAACUGCAAUACAAAUGUAAUCCAGGCUACCUCACCCCAAGUGGUGCUGCUGAAGAUACAGUGCAGUGUCAGCCACAAGGAUGGUCCUUCCAGCCAAGCUGUACUAAAACACUUGGGUGGUGCCAGGUGCCGCGGCUGGAGCACGGCAGCGCGGCGGGCGCGGCGCGGGAGGUGCGGCGGAACGGGACGCUGCGGUACCGCUGCCAGCCGGGAUUCCGCACCGCCGCCGGGAGCGCCGCCGCCACGGCGCUGUGCCUCCCCCACGGCUGGGAUCUGCCCCCACGCUGCACCAGGAUAACUUGCUCCGCUUUGAGUGAAGUAGCUCAUGGAGGUUUCUAUCCUGUGAAGAAAACCUAUGAAGAAGGAGAUGUAGUUCACUUUUUCUGUGACAAACAUUAUUCUGUCACUGGUUCUGACUUAAUUCAAUGCUAUAAUUUUGGGUGGUAUCCAGACCCUCCAGUUUGUGAAGAUGUAAAAAAUAAAUGUCCUCCACCACCCCUCCCUCAUGGCCAUGUCAGCACAGCCAGAAGAACAUAUCAUAAUGGAGACAAAGUUCAUGUACAGUGUACCUUGGGAAGGAGAGGAUCUGAGGAAAUCCAGUGUGAAGGAGGAAAAUGGACAUCACCCUCUAUCUGUAUUGGAGCUGUGGAUAACCAGGAAUCUGGGACAGCACCACCACCACUCGAGGCAGAUGCAGAAACAGGGGCAAACCAAUCACAUCACAAUGAAGAUAUGAAAGUGCAGCAAGACUGUGCCUCUCCACCUGUGGUUAAAAAUGGUGCUGUCCUGGGCCCAGUACUGGCAAGUUACAAAAGUGGUUCCUGGGUAGAAUAUGUUUGUCAGCAUUACCACUUUUUGGAUGGGCCCAGCACUGUUUAUUGUCACCAAGGAAACUGGACAGAACAACCAACCUGCUUAGAACCAUGUACUCUGAAUGUAACUGAUAUGGACAGCAACAACUUAACAUUGAAAUGGAGACGGGAAGAAUUAGUUUUCCUUCAUGGAGAUCUCAUAGAGUUUGAAUGUAAACAGGGAUAUAGUUUUCUCCAGACUGCCAUUCCAUCUCCUGGGAGAACACAGUGUGACCAAGGCAGACUGAAUUAUCCAAAAUGUGUUAUUCAAGCUGCUACAGAAAAAUGUGGCUCACCACCCUCUAUUGCAAAUGGAGCUCUGACUGUCCCAGCACUGCCCCACUAUGACAGUGGCUCUUCAGUUCAGUAUAUUUGCUCUGACUAUCAUUUUUUGCAAGGCUCUGAGAAAAUCUACUGCUCUGAAGGACAAUGGACCUCACCUCCAGUUUGUAUAGAGCCGUGUACUUUGUCAAAAACUGAAAUGGAGAAAAAUAAUGUGCUGCUGCAAGCAUUCUAUGCAGACCAAGUUUACUUUUACCAUGGGGAUUAUGUUGGAUUUUACUGCAAACAGAACCAUUUUGGAGCAGAAUCUGGCACAACUUUAUUUCAAGUACAGUGUGAUAGAGGACAGCUGGCAUAUCCAAGGUGUGUUGAAAGAGAAAAGCAAGUAUGGACUUGA